AUGGGAUAUCGAUAUCUCUCCCCUUCUCUACUGAAUAGAGCAGCUGUGUAUCUCAAUCGCCAAUCCAUACCUGCUCCUGGAACCAUUACCAUUUCCAGACAUGGUCAUGGUACAAUUCUUUCACCUCGACAAACCGUCAUUCGAUCAUUUCAUACCACUGUCUCAAUCUGCAACGAAUCAGCUCGCACAUCAGCGGAACUGCCAUUUUUCCAUUAUCGAGAUUACCCCAAUCCACCGAAAGUCGUAUAUACCUCUUGUCCCAAAGAAGCGAACAAAUACCUCUCUCAGCUUAAAGGUCCAGCCUUGGGUCUCGACCUCGAGUGGACAACAUUCCCUCGGUACCGUCGUCCAAUAUCUCUCAUUCAACUUUGUGAUGAAGAUCUGAUAGUAGUCUUCCAACUGGGGGAGGAUGAGACCUUACCCGAACAAGCGAUAAAAUUGAUCGAGGAUCCAAGGAUAUACAAAUUUGGAAUCGACAUUAAAGGGGAUCUUUACCGGUUGAAAUGCAUUCUACCGGGUGAUAAGAAGACCAAUCCUGCCUCUUUUCUAGAAUUAUCCAGACUUGCUCGAAUGGUGGAACCGGAAUGGCGAGGAAAGGGAAGAAGAUUCAUAUGUCAAGCCGCUCAAAGUCAACAAUAUCUCGGAAGGGCUCUCAAUAGGGAUGACCAUGUAAGAUACGGUAAUUGGGAUGUUGAACUGAAGGAGGAAGCUAUCCAAUACGCUGCCAAUGAUGUUUACUCUUCACUGAAAAUAUACGAUAAACUCAUAGGGAUGUCAGAACUCAAAAAGCUCAAUAUUGUUUAUCCAUACCUAUGCGUAGACCUUGAUCCACCACGAAAAUCGAGACCGUACUCUUUUCCGACCGAAGAGGAAUUAGAAGCUCAAUACAAUGCUCCACCUAUCAAGUACACUAUUGCAGGAAGAGAAUUCGAGCACCCAGCCUGGGUUCCAAAACCGCUGCCUUCUGAAAUCAGAGCUUUCGAAGCUUUUCUCAAAGGCGUAAGAGUCAAGGAUUAUGCUGAAGAGUCUAGGAUUGAAAUAUCUACUGUUCAGACUUAUAUCAGUAAAGUCGUCAAAAAGUUUGGUAUCAGUGGCCUGACUGAGGAAGAGCAGACAAGGUUCUUAGCAGAAGCGUAG